AUGUGGCCGGGGACUACUGUGUUUCCUCUGCUUACUUCUGUUCUGUAUGAUGAGAGUGAAUGGGAGAGCCCACACACUUUCAACCCUUCCCACUUCCUGGAUGAGGAGGGUAAAUUUGUCAGGAGAGACGCCUUCAUGCCCUUUUCUGCAGGUCGCAGGGUGUGUCUCGGAGAAAGUCUGGCUAAGAUGGAGCUCUUCCUCUUGUUCACCUCCCUCCUGCAGCGCUUUCGUUUCACUCCUCCACCUGGAGUCACAGAGGACAAACUGGAUCUGACACCAGUUGUGGGCUUGACCCUCACCCCAUCAGCUCAUAAGCUGUGUGCUGUCAGUCGCCAAUGAAGAAGAGAGCUGGAACAUCUUGAUCAUUAUGUCACGGUGGGAAUGGAAACUGCUACCGUGCCUGGACAUUUUGUCAUUCAAUCAUCCAUGGUGAGAUUGUUGUGUAGAGCAACCGUUAACAAUUUGAAGAAAUAUCUGUGGCUAUCAGUUACAUUCUAAUGGUAUGACUAUAUGGUCAGUGAGAGGCUUUCCUCCUUUUAAAGACUGAACAUUCUUGCUGUUCAUGAUUGAUUUACUCACAUUGCUGUUUACUCAUCUUGCUUUUGAAUUGUUUAAUUGUGAUUGACAGUUUCAUUAGAUCUGCUUCACACCUACCAAAGAGAGGAGAUUGGUGAAAAAGGAUUCAUUGUUUAUUCAGUGUAAUGAAAUAAUACAAAAUAAAAAACUUGUUUAAAGUA